AAAAUGUUUUAUAAUAUUUUUGUACAAUUUACCUUUGAACAACUUCCCUCACGUAGGUGUUGAUCGUAAGAAGUUAUGGACACCAGAGGUAUCAUCAAAGCUUCCGGCUUCCUCAUCCUGACAACCAUCAGCAUUCCAGCCAACCUGAUUGUCUGCUGCGCCUUCCUGCACAAUCGCUUCACUGAGGCCAAACUUCUGACAGCUGACAUCAUUCUUUGCAACCUGGCCUUCACCAAUCUCAUGGUAGCCUUUAUUCGUAGUAUUCCACAGACAUUGGCCGGCUUGGGUUAUCUGCAUUUAUUUGAUGAUGAUGGCUGUAAAAUUACCAUCUUUUGCUUUAGAGUCUUCCGGGGCCUUUCCAUUAGCCUCACAUGCCUGCUUUGUGUCUACCAGGCAGUAGCCAUCUCACCAGUCACCUCUUUACUUGCCCCAUUGAAAACAAGAAUCCCCCAGUAUCUGCUGUACAUCGUUGUAUUUCUCUACUUACUCUACUGCUCCAUGAGUGUCAUGACUGCUGUUAAUACUGUUUCCAGCCUUAUCAACAACACUAUUCCUCCAUACACAUAUAAUUUAGAGUACUGUUUUGUUAUAUAUAAGGAUUACUAUUCAUAUAUCUUGGUAGGUUUUGGUGUCAUGUGCAGAGACCUUGUGUUCAUAAUGCUAAUGACCAUCAUGAGUGGCUACAUCCUAAGGCUUCUCUACCAACAUGGCCAAAAAGUAAAGAACAUCCGCAGUUCAGAUCGUAGUCAAAAGGAAAGAAGAGCAGAGACUAAGGCUUCAAAGGCGGUGGUUACCUUGGUCAUCUUGUAUGUUGUCUUUUUUGGCAUUGACAACAUCAUCUGGCUGUACACCAUUACCAUCUCAAAAGUAUCAGUUCUUAUUUCUGAUAUCCGGAUCUUCUUUGCAACCCUUUAUACUUCAGUUUGCCCUAUUGUGGUCAUCACCACUAAUCCAAAAAUCAAAGGAAAAUUAAAACUGAUCAAGCUAAAGAAAGAAGUCCAGCCUACAGAGAACAGUACAUGUACACAGUGAAUAAGCAUUGCUUUAUCCACUGUCUCAAGAUAAGAAGAUAUGACUGUUGACAAUGUGAUAAACCUUGAUGUACUUAAACUUUCACUGUUUAUUACCUGUCCUUUUUAUAUAUAUUUUAUUAUAAAUUAAUGACAUAUGAAAAUAAAUUGAUUCUACAAUUUUCUAUAUGGAUACCUGACACAUUCAGAGUGUCACUCAUGAGUUUACAAGCAGUCAAGCAGCUUUGCACUCUCCAAAAUAACACCUCAGUCAUUAGCUUUUGUUUAAUUUGUACUGAAUUCUACAUUCUCCCCAACCUGCAGGAUGUCUUGUGUGAAAAUUCCCAAUGCAUGCAAUAAAUGAACAAUGAUCAGAAACUAUACACAAAAGAAAAAUCAGAGAUGAUUGGCAGUGGCAUGUGACAUUUGUGUCCUGCCAAGGAGUAGAAAGAAGUUGAAAUAUAGACUGUUAUGACAGCGACCCUAAAUCUACAACUGUAGCAAACUACACAAAUCUGCCUAUGACCAUAUCCAAAAUUAAC